AUGAAAUGGGUGCAGAGGGUACCUGCUGUGACGGUGCCACCAAGGGAUUUUCAUUUGAGGAGAAAGGUCAUCAACAACAACAAAAAACCCACAUUCCUUAGUGAACUAUCUUCCACUGCAGAUGAUUGGAAAAUAAAAGUGCGGGUUUCACGGAUAUGGGACACUCUGAAUAUAUAUAGAAACAAGGAAUUAAUUAGCACUGAUAUGGUUCUAAUUGACGAGAAGAGUGACGACAUACAUGCUUCAAUAGGGAAAAAUGUUGCCCACAGAUUCAAGAAUAUUUUAAAAGAAGGAAAGAUAUACACAAUCACAAACUUUAUGGUCACAAAGAAUAAAGAGAAACUUCCUGUAGUUGAGAAAAAUACUUUGAUGUUACAAUUUGAUGCUACAACUUUAGUGAAGGAAAUAGCAAAUGAUGAUUGCAUAAUUCCCCACCAUGUUUUUGAAUUUGUCAACUUUGAAGAUUUGCCAAAUCAAUAUGGCAAAGAUGUGCUGACAAAUGUUAUUGGAGUUAUGACCAAACUAGGUUCAAAUGAAGAGAAAACAACUCCUCAAGGCCGAGUUGAUACUGUGACUCUUCAUUUAAAAGAUAUUAGGGGAAACAAUGUCAGAGUCACAAUAUGGGAUGAUUAUGUUAAAGUAUUUGAGCAAAAAAUGAAAGAAAGUAGAUCUAAUGCUUCUAAACCCAAAGUUGUUAUUUUGACAUCAACAAAAGUCAAGGAAUUUCAAUGUGAAAUUUCUAUUUCUACAUCAAGAUCUACACAAAUUUAUGUCAAUAUAGACAUACUUGAAUCAAAUGAGCUCAUACAAUCAUUCAAAGAUCCAGGGGAAAUUCAUAAAGUUGCAACUUCAGAAAUUACAAAGUCCCCCGUGCUUGAUAUGGAUAAAAAGAAGACUAUAUCUGAAAUUCUGGAAAUUGCAACCACAAAGAGUGAUCUGAUUUGUAAUUUUUAUUGUUGUGCUGCAACUAUAAAUGACAUCUUGUUGAAAAAUGGGUGGUUUUAUGUUUCUUGCCCUCAUUGCAAAAGAAAGGUCUCCAACACAUCAACAAAGUUCAAAUGUGAUGCCUGCCACAAGAAUGUUGACUAUCCAACGACAAGGUUUCGAUUAGAGCUUGAUGUCAGAGAUGCUACCAAUUCAACUAUAUUUGUUGUAUUUGAUGACAUUGCUGAACAAAUAGCACAUGUGAAAUUACAUGAUUGGUGCAUAGAGGCAAAAAUACUAACAGGAAGCAACAUUGGUGCAAAAGUGCUUAUACCACGGAUAGUUUUGACGAAAAAUGAUUCCAAGUGGCAUUUUAUCUUGAGAAGAAAACAAUUUCCAAUAAAAGUUUGUUACACAAUGGCAAUCAACAAAAGUCAAGGCCAGUCAUUGAACUAUGUGGGAUUAUAUUUGCCAAGACCUGUAUUCAAUCAUGGACAAUUAUAUGUUGCGGUGUCAAGAGUAACUUCACCAACGGGAUUAAAGAUACUUAUUGUUGAGCAAGACGACACAGAUGCACAAUAUACGAAAAAUAUUGUGUACAAUGAAGUUUUUAAUGAACUUCCUCAAUGUAAUUACAGUUGA